AGUUGUUAUUUGUUUAUUCUUUGUGUAUCUGUGUUAGUGUGCUAAUGUGACUUUUUUCUACAGUUACCCGUUUGUGAAGCCAGUUUAUGAUCUCUGAUUUCUUUUUCUCGAAAAUCUGUGAUAGAAAAGCGAAAAAAAAUAAGAGCAAGAAAUAAUAAAAUAAAAAAUAAUAAAAGAAAAAAAGGGAACGAUAAUUCAAUAAUAAAAGGAAAGAGAGAAAAAAAACAUACAAUAAAGAGAAAGAUCAAAAAUAAUAAAAGAAAAAGAAAGACCGGACAUCAAUCAAACCAACGAAAUCCAAAAAGCAAGAAAGAGGCACCAAGAUGGCGGUCAUCUGAUCGCCGGCAAGACCCGAUGGUUUCCUUCAAGACUCACAACUCGAGGACCGGCGAGCCCUUGGGAGCCAUGAAGCUGAAGGGCGAGAGGGAGCUGACGAAGGGCCUCUCGGUGCACUUCGUCGACAGCCGCGGCCAGGAGCUCCUCUCGGCCACGACCGCGAGGGCCGCGGAGUCCCCCGGCGCGAGUGCCCUCCCGGACGACGAAGGGCUCGAGAGGGACGGCCGCGGGAAGGCGCAGGAGAACGCCAAGGGACGCGGCCGAAGGAGGGGCACGGAGUCCUCGUCGGCGUAUCCGGCCCGGAGUCCCACCAAGGGCAAGAGAAGCCAGUCCCAGCCGGAGGUCCCAGGGGCGUGGGAACAGCCAGACACGCCCGCGGGGGAGCCUGUCGCCGAGGCCCAGGAGAAGCUCUUCGUGAGGCGGAGGUCGGUGGAGUCCCUCGAGGGCGAGAAGGACAGGAACAGCGCCGAAUCCAGCAGGAGAGAAGGGUUCGGUUCCGCCAGCUCCCUCGAACAGUCCAUGACCCGCUCCCUGGGCUCUCGCGGAUCCCUGUGUGACGAGGCCGUCGAUGAGUGUGACAACAUCAACGUCGUGGUCAGAUGCCGUCCCGUCAGCGAAAAGGAGAUAAAACGAGGCGAUGAGAAUAACCUCAUCUUCCCGGGCGAAGGUCAAGUAUGGGUAAACAUGGACGGCUUAAACGGCCAGGGCUCGCAGAAACCCAAAGUCUUCACCUACAACGUCGUGUUCGAACCCGAGGCCACGCAGGAGGACAUCUUCGACCAUUCGGGGAUCAAGAGGCUCCUGGACAUGGCCAUUGAGGGCUUCUCCUGCACCACUUUCUGCUAUGGCCAAACGGGCUCCGGGAAGACGCACACGCUCACUGGCCCGCCGCACCUGUACUAUACAUCUCGCAAAUCCUUGCCGACCAUCACCGGCCGAGAACUUAAGAAACAGCAACCCAGGUCUGAUUUCUUUCGGUUCGAGAAGGGACCCCACUUGUUCUCCGAAGAACACGGCCUGAUUUUCCGGUCGUUCGUCUACCUGUUCAGCCAACUGCAGAGCCGGGAAGACCAGGAAUUCACCCUCACUGCCUCGUACCUCGAGAUCUACAACGAAAAGGUGAUUGACCUGCUGAACAUCGGAACAAACCAGAAGCCGCUACAAGUCCGCUGGAGUAAGAAGAAAAGAGGUUUUUUCGUCGAGAAUCUGUUCGAGAUUGAGUGCGCGGAGUUAGAUGACCUGCUGGCGGUGCUCGAGGAAGGCCUGCGAAAUCGUGCCAUCGCCUCUCACAACAUGAAUGAAUACUCCUCUCGCAGCCACACCAUUCUCUCGGUCAACAUUACGUCUGAGAAAAAGGCCGACGACGGCGUGUACAUCACCCGCAACGGCAAAAUCAACUUCGUGGACCUCGCCGGCUCGGAGAUGACCAAGAAGACCAACUCGGAGGGCAAGACGCUCGAGGAGGCCAACAACAUUAACAAGUCCCUCAUGGUGCUUGGUACGUGCAUCGCUGCCCUAUCGGAUUCCCGGAAACGUGACGGACACAUUCCUUAUCGAGAUUCCAAUUUGACGAAACUCCUCGCCGACAGCCUAGCGGGAAGUGGGGUCACGCUCAUGAUCGCCUGUGCGUCGCCAGCAAGAAGCAAUGUCAGUGAAACUAUUAAUACUUUCCGUUAUGCUUCGCGCGCCAAGAGAAUUCGAACCAAGCCGCUUAUUAUCAUGGACCCGAAGGAGAAGGUGAUCCUGAGCCUCCAGCGGGAAGUGAGUCUGCUGCGGGAGGAGAACGCUCACCUCAAGAUGCUCCUCGAUCUCGCCGACGUCCAAGAGAGCAACCAAGGAGAGGCCCUUCCGAAGUUAGACCGAGCCAAGAUACUCAGUGGGAAUGACUCAGCAACUAUAACGGAGGAAGAUGGUUCGAGAAUGGACAUAUAUUCCUGCAUCCACAAACACCAGCUUUUAGCAGUACUCAUUCUCACAGUAAAUCCACAAACAUCAUCAAGCAUUGUGAACUUGAAAUUUUCCCCACAUACCCCCACAUCGCGAAUUCCCUCAGUACACCCCACAGAACACUCCCACCAUGCUGAAGGAUCUUAUGAUGCAAUGGCAACCCUUGUGCGUGACCAGGACCUCGUGUGCAAGGAAAAUGAGCGCCUUCUGAAGAAAUUGCAAGAACUAUCGAGUGGAACGAGUUCUGAUUCUAAAGACGAAAAGGACAUGACCCCCCGCCCCCCCACGCAGCGUGUCACAACAGCCGGGGAAGUUCUAGACUCGGCAGGACGGGCGCAUUCCCUCCCCACGUCCCCCUCCUCGCAAGUGUGGGUCAACCCGCUCAACGAUACCAGCCGAAGGAGGGAAUCGCCGGGCACGAGUCGCUCCACGCCGGGCACGAGCAGGUCGACGCCGGGCAGCAGGGGGCGCAGUGUGGCCGAAGGCAAGGGCUCGCCACGGAAGGGCAACCGCCUCCCGGACUCCAUCAACAAGGAGCUCGAGAGGAGGAGAAUCGGGAAGAGCAUGAACGACCUCAGCGCCUCUGGCGGGGGCAGCGGCGGCCGGAGCAGCGGCGGCCGGAGGAACAGCUGGGACGGCGAAGACACGUCAGGGCUCCCAGCUGUGAGGCGGCCGCCGGUCAAGAGCAAGAGCAUGUCCCCGGGGCUCAACACCACGAAGAGUGGAACCCGAGUAAAGGGCCGCUCACAGUCGGUGCCGCGCCAGAAGGGCCGAGGAAAGGGCAGUCCAGGAGGCCCUCCUAAAACAAGUGACCGCAGGCCCACAGGUAUGCGGUCAUCCUAGGUAGAUGACUUGCUGUGCUUCAGACUGUUGCUGCAGCUGCUGCAUCUGCUGGCCUAUCACUCCUCCCGAGACUUAUCGCCCCCAUCCGAAGUUGAGAUGCUGACCCUUAGUCCUCGGGUUCGCAUUCCUUCCUCGAAAGUCACUUGAAUACCUUGGAUCCUUCUAAGAAUGGGGAAAAGCACUCUACUGUGGCCAAGGGUGUCACGGUUAUUUUAUUGGUGUCAUGGAUCUAUGUUUGUAUCCUGAGACAAAAAAAAAAUAGUAAAAUGGGCAACUCUUAGGGUCUCAUAUCUCAGUUUAUGUGAAAUAUUCACCCUAUAAAUAUGAAGAUGUUAGUGUAGGUGUUGUGCAUAUGGAUCUAGUCAGUUCUUUCAAUGGUGCUGUAGAGAAAGGCAGGUGUGAAGUUUAUAAAUACAAGCAUCUGUAUCAAUACGGUUUUACCAGGAAGAGUACCAUUUACUGUGCAUUAUGUAUAUUUUCUCCCGUCCAAAAGUGAAUUGCACAGGCUCCUGUGGCAGUUUAUUUUCUAACAAAAAUAAUCUGCUGCAGAAAGAACACUAAAGACAAUACAAGUAUUUAUAGCACAAAUUAUCUGACAAUCUUUAAAAUCAGGGCAAAUUAUAUUGUUUUAGAAAUCAAAUAAGUAAAUGUACUUAUCUUGCACAUAUUGUUUCAUGGAUAGUUUAGUCCAUGGGUAUUUGUUCAGUGACAAAAAAUAAAUAAAUAAAAUAAUAAAAUGGUGCAAGAAAGAUAAGCAUUAUUGUUAAUACUUUUCCAGUGGAUUUUCAAGCAAACUAGAAGACAAAGUCAUGAAAAACUAAUGAAACAUAUAAUUUUCCCCACAUGAUUUUACUUUCCUUGAACUUUGACAUUCUUGCGGCACAUUUAUGCUGCCCUGUGAUAUUGCAAAUACAUUCAUUUAAAGGAAUUCUGUAUUUUGUUUAAAAUAAACAUCAAAAAUUA